AUGUAUGAUGAAGCCAAGGAGAUGAAAGGGUUGAAUGAGAAGAAGGUGGAGGCUCUUCAGGAGAAGUGGGUUGCUGCAAUCAUGAUGCACAAUGAAGAAUACACUUGUGCUAGGCACAAGUUACUUAAUGCCCAGUUACUAUACCCACAACUUGGUAAUAUUAAUCUCAUGCUGACCAUCUGUGAGAUACUACUGCUUGCUUCCAGUGUGAGGAUAUCAAAUAAUGACAUUGAUUUUCAAUGCAUUCUUGAUAUAAUAUAUCCCUCACUCACUUACUCUGACGCUUUAAACUCUCUCCAUCAUCUAGUCAACUCCAUAGAUGCUGUAAAAGACGAGUUUCCUGGAGCUGAGUUAGCUCUAGAGGUUGUACAGAAUGCAUUGAACAUGCUUUCAGACAGAGAGAAGCGUUUUCAUUAUGGUUUUAGGCAUGACAAUGAUCUCAUUUCUUCCAAUGAGAUUUCUGCUUCCACUUCAGAGAGGUGUAGUGAUAGCUCAAAUCAUGAUGUUCCCCUUGAACAGGGAAUUUUGGAGGAAUCCAUUGAAGUAGAUAUCAGUGAGAAUACUUUGUGUGCCGGGAAGUUCAAAUCAGAAGAUGAUUUUGCCACUGGUCAAGUUUGGGCCAUUUAUUGUGGGGAGGAUAUCAUGCCUCGUCAAUAUGCUCUGGUGAAUAGUAUGGUUUUAGACAGGCAAGUUUGGGCAACAAUUUUAGAACCUGAGCUAGUUCAUGAAAAUGGGGAAAAAUGGAGAGAAAAUCUGCCCAUUGUUUGUGGAACGUUUAAACAUGGCAAUAAUGUCAUGCUGGAUAUGUCACAAUUCUCCCAUUUAGUCAAAUAUGUGCAUGAUACUACAAUUAUGCCUCAUUAUCUGAUUUAUCCCCAGAAAGGUCAGAUUUGGGCAAUGUACAAGAAUUGGAAUAGAAAAUGGGAGCAUAUCGAUUAUGAAAAAUGUCAAUAUUGGAUUGUGGAAAUUAUUUCAAAUUUCUUUGAAAAAAAUGGGAUUGAAGUAGCCAAACUUGAAGAGGUACAAAAUUGUGAAACAUUUUUCCGGAGGCAAAGACAGGAGGGGGUUGAUAUAACUCGAACAAUAUGUGAAACAGAGAUGCUAAGUUUUUCCCAUCAAAUUUCAGCUUACAGAGUACUUGGAGUUGAAAGGUAUGGCAUACCUGAGGACAGCUGGCAUCUUGAACCCAAUGCUAUACCUCAUAAGCAAAAAAUAUGA